AGUCAGUCGUGUCGGCAAUACGCUUCUAUUUAGAUGCAUGUAAAUGCGCAGAAGGGGGCGAAUUUUUUUUUUUUCAAAUUCACAUUUUUCUUUUCUAAAAAAUAAUUUGAAAAGAAAAAUAUUAAGCUAUUCUAAUUCACUCGUUAAUUUUGUAUCGAAUUAAAAAUUCCUCGCCUUUCACUACUCCUUAAGUGCAGUGUGUGAAAAUUUUUUUACAAAAAAUAACUUUUUCCUCGCGGGUAAAGAAGAACAUUCUCAUUGAUACAUAUAUCGAACUGUUUACAUUUUGUUUAUUUAUGAUUUUUUUCAUGGCUAAUAAACAAUAUAGCAACAAUGAUAUAUCAUCUUUAAUUUUUAAAUAAUACAGUGACAAUAAAAAAUUAUUUUUUAUUUUUUCUCAAUGCAAAGUGAUAAUUAAUUUUUUUUUCUAUUAAAAACUUCUUCAAGUGAAGAAAUAUUUUUUUUCCGACUAUGAUUAUACCAGCUGAUAAUUCACGUUGGAUUUAUACAAUGUACGGUUUAGAGAAACCAAUGGAUCAUAUUUCCGCCGGAGGAGUCAUGGCUGGGUCAGUUGCCACAUUGGCUGUGCUUUGGAUUUCAUUGCAAACAUUGGGAUUUAUUGGGAAUGGGGAUUCAAUUGGUGUUUACAAAUUGUCGAAUUCAUUUCAAAAUGAUUUUCCCGCCUCUUCCAAUCUCGCUGGAUAUCAUCAGAGUGCAGAAAAUAUUGUUGUGGGACAUUUUGAGAAGCGAAAAUGGCCAAAAAUUGAGAAUAAUGCAUUAAAUGAAUCAAUUGCAUUUGCCGAGUUGAUGAUUAAAUAUCGAAGUCGUCUCGAGACAAAUAUUAUAAAUGCUGGAGUUGGUCUUUUAAAAUCGACGCCAAGUCACAGUCAAUAUGUUUAUUCAUAUCCAAGUGAGGAUGCAUUUGAAAAAUCAAGUGACGCUAUUAUUGCCGCCAAGGCUUCAUCAUAUCUCGUACAAAAUAGCUGUCGAAGAUUUGGACUCGACGGUAAGGAGUGCGCGCGAUUUAUUUCAACAAUAAAAUUUGAUGGUACCUCAUUGAGUGAUGCAUGUGAAAAUAAUGAAAAAAUGGACUGCACACUAAAUUCACGGUACAGAACAAUUAAUGGCAGUUGCAAUAAUUUGGAGAAUCCAAAACUUGGUUGCGCAAUGACAGCGUACACGAGACUUCUCUUUCCAAACUAUAUCGACGGUGUUCAAGAACCAAGACACUCGAGAAGAGGAAAUAACGCACUUCCUAAUCCGAGAUUAGUUAGUUCAACACUUUCAACUACAAAUGACAAAUCAGACGUUUCGAGGACUCUGGCUGUCAUGCAGUGGAGUGAUUUAAUUCUUCACGAUUUGGCACACACUCCGGUUCGAAAAAUGAUGUCGAACGGAAUGCCAAUAUCCUGCUGCAGUGAAGAUGGCAACGAGUUACAACCGCGACAUCUGCAUCCCGAUUGCAAUAUCAUUCCAAUUGAGAAUCAGGAUCCAAUCUACUCUAGUCAUUCCAUUAGAUGUAUGAGUUACGUUAGAUCACUUCCAGUUCUUAGGUCGGAGUGCAGUUUCGGACCACUUGAACAAAUGAAUCAGGUCAGUCACUUUUUGGAUGGUUCUACAAUUUACGGAUCGACGGUGGAAAGAGCUGGAAAACUUCGAACCUAUCAGGGCGGACGACUUCGAGUCGAUGUGAAAAAUAAUCGGGAGUAUUUACCGACUGCAGAUUCCGAACCCUUUACAUUUUGCUUGACGGACAAGUGCUUCCUAUCUGGCGAUGAUCGUGUUAACGCUGAACCUUCACUCGUGGUGAUUCACACAAUUUGGCACCGUGAGCAUAAUCGAAUUGCGAAGAAAUUGGCGGAAAUAAAUCCAGACUGGUCGGAUGAGGCUUUAUAUCAAGAGGCAAGAAGAAUAGUCGUGGCUGAAAUUCAGCACAUAACAUACAAUGAAUGGUUACCAAAUAUUCUGGGCAGAAAUUUCGCCCGCGAUUUUGGACUCCUAAUGGACCGCAGUCAAAAUUAUAAUCCCAAUGAGGAUCCGGCAGUUGCCAAUGAGGUUGCAACAGCAGCUCUACAAUUUCAGAAAUCAUUGAAGCAAAGUUAUUUACGAAUUAUGGACGACAGUGAAGGAACUAAUAAAUCUCUAAGACUCAGUGAUAAUUACUACAAACCAGAAAUAAUCGAAAGUGGUAAUAUAUUCGAUGGCAUAAUCAAAAGUCUAACAAAUGAAAACUCCCAAACGAUGGACGUCAACAUGAUUCCGGAUGUCUCCUAUCAGUUGUUUAAAACAAAUGGAGAGUUGGGUCUGGAUGCAGUCAGUCUUGAUAUCCAGAGAGGACGAGAUCACGGACUACCGGGAUACAAUUAUUAUCGCAACUAUUGUGGACUACCUGUUGUUAAAACUUUUGAUGAUUUUAAGCAAAUGGGGAGUAAACUUGCUGAUCUGUAUAACACACCUGAUGAUGUCGAUCUAAUUAUUGGUGGCAUGGCGGAGAAACCUGAAGAUGAAGAAGAGGGAAUUUUAGGACCAACAUUCCGUUGUUUGAUUGCUGAACAAUUUGCGAGAACAAGACGCGCUGACAGAUAUUUCUACGAUUUCGCCAGUCAACCUUAUCCAUUUACCAAAGAUCAAUUGCACAAUAUUCAAAAUGUCACUUUGGCAAGAAUUUUCUGCGAUAACGGCGACAAUAUUUCCCGGAUUCAACGAAAUGUUUUUAUCAAACCGAAACCAGGAAACGAAUUGCGACUUUGCAAUGACUUUGAAGCAAUUCCAAGUGUCGAUUUAUUCGCUUGGGCGGAAAAGGCAAAGGCGUAUCGUUGAACAUAGUUUAUUAAUUGGCUGGUCACUUUAUCCACUGGAUCGAAACUCCUGAUUGACAUUUUGAAGUCAGGGCCAAAAAGGAAGUGAGAAAUCAGAAAAAAAAACAGAAUUGCCAAGAGUGCACAAGGGAAAAAAAAGAAAUUGCGAUGGCAAAGUCAAAAUCAAAGAGUACAACUACGUCUAACAUUUAUUUAAAUUAUAAUUUACGAACAUGUGACUAGUCGAUUUUCUACAGAAAAAAAUAUUUUAUUAAAAAAAAGUCGAUCGAAUGUAAAAAAUAAUUAAUAACGCUCAUCAUUAGAUAUGUAAAUACAGUUAUUUUUCAAUUAUCAACUAAAACUUAAGUUAUAACCAUAAUUUAAAUUAUAAUGAUUAUCUUCCAAUACAGUUAAUAGUUUAAUUAUAAUUCUAUUGUUUAUUUUAGUAAUAAGAGUAGUAAUAAUAAUAAUUGUAUGUCGGUAUACUGUUCGGCAGUAUAUAAAACGUGACUGAUUAGAUUUAGCAUUAUCAUCGAUUGUUUUUGUAUUUGAUAAUAGGAGAGAUAAUGGUACUUAAUACAUGCGAUUUGAAAUUGAAGUUUAUAUAUAUAUAUAUAUAUAUAUAUAUAUAUAAAAUGCUGUUUCUCUCAGACUUGGAGAGAAUCGCAAAUGCGUUUGCACUAUUUGCUGAAUAAAGAACUCGGAAAAUACCUCCUAA